AUUCCUUUCUCUCUGCUCCUUUCUCUCACUGCUCCUUUCUUUCUCUCUCUCUCUCUGCUCCUUUCUCUUUCUCUCUUUCUGCUUGUCUGUGCUUCUCUCUGUCUCUGCCCCUUUCUCUCUCUCUCUCUGCUCCUUUCUCUUUCUCUUUCUGCCUGUCUGUGCUUCUCUCUGUCUCUGCCCCUUUCUCUCUCUCUCUCUCACUCUCUCUCUCCCUCUCUGCUCCUCUCUCUCUCUCCCUACUUUUCACCUUGUUUUCUAUUUAUUGCAGGAAUCCAGGCUGGCCAGGUAUUUCAAUGCCAAUCCCUCGCUGCCCUGGAGGAGGAGCUUUUCCAGCGUCACCGCAUUUUACUGCAUUAUCCUUCCGUGUUGAGGGUUUGGUUGCUCGGAUUCCUGGUUCUCGCUCAGAAACGUUACUUGACGAGUGCUUUCCCUGUUUUGCCGAGUCACUGCUGAAGGCGAGGCGCUGAUCGAUUCUUGGCCAGGAACAUGAGCGCAUCGGAUUCUGUUAUCUAAAGCCUGGUGUGAUUGGCAGGGGAUGAAGUGACGUGCGAGGAGUUGAAGAAGAUGUUGGUGAAUGACAAGGUGACUAUCAUCGAUGUGAGGAAUCCUGAGGAACUGGAGAAAGGGACAAUCCAGGGAUCCGUCAAUAUUCCAGUGAACAAUGUGAAAGAAGCUUUGUCUCUGGAUCCAAGAAGUUUCGAGAGCAGGUUUGGCCGACAGAAGCCGAGCCCGGACACCCCGGUGAUAUUCCAUUGCCAGCUCGGCCGGAGAGGGGCAAAUGCAACUGGAAUUGCCAGAGAGAUGGGUUACUGCAGGGCCCAGAAUUUGAAAGGUGGAUUUGGCGAGUGGGACAGCCACACAGCACAAUGAAGGGUCUCAGCAAACGUGGGCACUGUGAGACCAGGAGGCCGCUACUGUCCACUCCAUGACCCUGACCUUACACUGACCUUUGACUCCUGUACCAUUUGUCCAACUUUGCCCGUGCUCAGACCCGAAUCCCGAGCCACCUUCUGUGGAUCCAUACAGCGGGGAAAAGUUCCAACCUGCCCGUGUUGACCAUAAUCUCACACUAAUCCAAUCGCGCCUGCCUGUCCCUGGUCCAGAUCCCUCCAAACCAUCCCUGUUCACGUAGCUGUCCUCCACAUCCACCACUUCUCCCGGAAGUCCAUUCCACACAUGAACCACUCUCCGUAUCAAAUGAUUGCCCCUCAUGCCCUUUUAUAAAACCUUUCUCCUGUCUCCGUGGAAGUACGCUCCCCAGUUUUGACGCCCCUGCCACCCCCCCCCCCCACCCUAACGAAAGCACCCACCUUUCCCCUUGCCCCUCAUAGCCCUAUCAACUUCUGUAAGGUCACUCUGCAUCUUCCUGCCCUCCAGUGAAAAAAACUCCCAGCCUCUCUCCAUAAACCCCCUGUACCCGGCAACAUCCUGGUAAAUCCCUCCGGAGCCCCUCUCCAGUUUAAUAACAUCCUUCCUGUAACAGGACGACCAGAACUGGGCACAGUGCUCCAGGAGAGGUCUCACCAACGUCCCUCUACAGCCCCAAUAUGACGUCCCCAACCCCUACACUCAAAGGUCUGAGCAGUGAAGGCAAAAUGUGCUAAACGCCUUCUUAACCCCCCUGUCUGUAUGUGAGACAAACUUCAAAGAAUUAUGCACACGAACCCCUGGGUCUCUCCAUUCUACAACACCACCCAAGGCCCUAUUUUUAAUUGUGUAAGUACUGGUCUUAUUUGUUUUGUCAAAAUGCAAUACCUCAAAUUGAGUUGAACACCCACGAAGGGCCUGUCCCGUGCUGUGUGUUUCAAUGGCAUGAACUCCCGAGCUGCCUUUGAGCUCCAUCUCCUGAAAGUUCAAAAAAGCGUCAGCCUUGGCCUGGCCCAAUCUCUUUGCUCGCCAAGCCUCAAACGGAGCUGGGAUUGACAGACACUUCAUCCCAUUGUUUCGCGCUGUGUACCCCGGUCUCUCGUAGAAACCGAGCUCAGUAAACAUCGAGAAGGACCCUA